AUGGCUCUGGAUCCCGUCAAGCACAAGGAUAAAAAAGAUCAGAAUAUUCUGGUUGCCCACGCUGGUGCAUGGACUCAAGAUGCCAGCUCCUCUCCUUCGAAAAGCGUGAUUUCUAAGGUCGAGGAAAGGGUCGAGGCAUCUAAGAAAAACUCUGGGAAUAAGAAUUGA